AUGCCAGCCACCAUCACUCAGUCAUCCUCCCAAUCAUCCUUCGCGGACAUCAAGAUGGAGUGCGAGUCAGGAUAUGCCUCUGGCCAAUCAUCAGAGUACGCCUCGCCCUCGUCAUCGACCAUCCUCCCUCAGGUAUCCCUCACCAAGGCCCACAUCAACCACCUCAACGACAUGUUGGAACCUAUGCACCCCAUGGACAUCCUCCGGUUUUGCAAGGUCAUGUUCCCCAACCUGUACCAGUCGACCGCCUUCGGCCUGACCGGCCUCGCCACGAUGGACAUGCUGUCCAAGAUCCAGUCGGAGCAGCCCAACUCCCCGACCGUCGACCUCAUCUUCCUGGAUACCUUGUAUCAUUUCGAUGAGACCCAUCAGCUCAUCGAUAGAGUCAAGGAGCGAUACCCCAACGUGCCUGUGCAUAUCUUCAAGCCCGAUGGCAUUGACAGUGUUGAGCAGUUUGAGGAGACCUAUGGCAAGGAGAUGUACACACACUCAUCCGAGAUGUACGACUGGAUUGUCAAGGUCGAGCCCCUCCAGCGGGCUUACCAAGAGCUCAAGAUCGCUGCCGUGCUCAACGGACGUCGUCGAUCUCAGGGCGCUGCCCGUGGAUCUAUUCCCAUCAUCGAGCUCGAUGAUGAGCGGGGUGUUUUUAAGAUCAACCCCAUGGCCGCUUGGUCAUUCGCCCAGGUCAACAACUAUAUCAAGGAGAACGACGUGCCUUACAACGCCCUGCUUGACCAGGGCUACAAGUCCGUUGGCGACUGGCACUCGACCGUCCCCGUCGGCGAUGGCGAGGAUGAGCGUGCCGGCCGAUGGAAGGGCCAGGCCAAGACCGAGUGCGGAAUCCACAACAAGAAGUCGCGGUACUCUGAGUUCCUCGCCGAGAUGGAGCGCAAGCAGCAGGAGGAGCAACUGUCUGCCGCCCUUGAGAAGGUGGUCCAGGCUCAGGCCCAGACUGGUCUCGCAGCCGCCGCGCCCGCAUUCGUCGACAAGAAGAGGCGGAUUCUCGACCAGCUCGCAGUCCCGAGCGCAGACUACGCUGAUGCGUCGCCCAAGGGCUCUGUAGACGUGGGCAUCCGCGACCUCAUCGACGAGAUCAACCAGGCUGCCGGGUUUGUCACGACCAGCAGCUGCGCGGGACGGGUCAGUGUCUUUCUCGAGGGCCGGCGCGUAGCUGAUGCGGAUGCCGAGGAUGAUCAAAUAGCCGGCGUGGGUGGAAAGGGUGCGGGAGGAACGUGGCUGUUCGUCUCUCAUGACCCAGUACCGGACGCUGAUGGUGAUGCGGACUGGGCGGGUGUUUUGGGACUGGGAGAGUCGGAAGAUGCUCACGAUGUGGCAGAUGUGGUCAAGGAGAGGAGACUUAUUCAUUUCAAGUUUGAGGCCAUGAUUCUGCAUGUCCUUACCGCAUCCCCGGAGCACGCCCAACUGCUUCUCCGCUGCGGUCUCCAAGCUGGCUUCCGCGAGUCUGGCGCCAUCAACCUGCUCCCCAACGGCAAAGACGCCGCCACACCCAUGGUGGCCAUCCGUUCCAUGGGGCUUGCCUUUGAGUCCCUCAUCGGGCAACAGGUCGACGGACGCCGCCAGCGCCUCGUCCCGCCCGAGUACCUCCCCAUGCUCAUCAGGAUUGCCAACGAGCGCUUCGCCGAGAACACGAAACGCAUCGAGCGGUUCCAGGUUGCGUUCCGUGAUGCCGUGACCAGCGCCUCUGCCCCGAGGCGGAACCCGGAGGGCAACGAGUGGGAAGAUGCAGCGGCGAGGCGAGAGAGGAAACGCGCCGAGGGAUUGAGAAAGAAGGCUGAACUACAGGCUGGAAAAGAGACGGACACGGGAUCGCAAAGUGAAGCUAGGGGGUCAGAUGCUGAAUUGCAACCAGGGCCGCCCCUGGGUCUAUGA